CUUCCUCCCAUCCGCGUGCCCUAACUUUCCCCCAAAUUUCCCCCAAUUUCUUCCUCCCCUCCGCGUGAAGUCCCGUCGGCUUUCUCCCAUUUCUGACCGUCUGAAGUCCCGUCGCCACCACCAAUCCCCUCCUGCCCGUCCGUCGAAACCUUCUCCACCAACCCGUCGCCACCACCCCCGUCUUCUCCAAACCUCUCCAAUCAACCCGAAGCAACAAAAUCGUGGGCGUCGGUCGUCACCCCUCCCCUCCGCCGGAAAUCAAGGCCAAAGGAGAUGUCAUGGCUAUGGGCUGAAACCUUUUUCGCCUCUUUGCUUACUUGGAAUCUGAAUCCGUUCAUCGUGUUUUCUCCGUCUUAUUGUAUCGUUGUACACUGCCGCUUUAACGACGGUUUGACGUCCUUACUUUCUGAGAUUGGGCUGAAUAUUCAAGAAGCACAUGCUUUUUCAACAACAGAUGGCUUUUCCUUGGAUGUUUUUGUAGUUGAUGGUUGGGUAAUUGAGGAUACCAAGCAGCUAAAAGAUAUACUGGCAGAAGAAAUAUCAAAGAUUCAGAAAAGGCAUCCUCUAUUCACACCUUGCAUUUUCCAUACUGAGAAGCAAGAAAUUCAUAUCAUGAGAAAACUUCGGCACAAGAAUGUUGUCCAAUUUAUUGGUGCAUCUACCAGGCCUCCAAGCCUUUUCAUUGUUACAGAGUACAUGUCUGGUGGAAGCUUACACGACUUUUUACAUCAACAAAAGGUCGUUCUUAGUUUUCCUUCCUUACUAAGAGUGGCAGUUGAUGUGUCGAAGGGAAUGGACUAUUUGCAUCAAAAGAAUAUCAUCCAUAGAGAUCUAAAAGCUGCAAAUCUUUUGAUUGAUGAAUAUGGGGUUAUUGAGCACAAACCGUACGAUCAUAAAGCUGAUGUUUAUAGCUUUGGGAUAGUGUUGUGGGAGCUGCUUACAGGUUCAACUGGAGUCGACAACUUCAUGAGUUUUCUUUCAAAGAACAUUUCCAGAGACGAACAUUCUCGGUUGGUCGUUUAUGCUUCUGCAGAAAAUCUUCUUAGAUGUAUUCUAAUGCCAUUUAAAAUAUUUUUUGAUUAAGGGCUAGGAUUCCGUACAUGUGGAUUAUUGAAACUUGUAUUAAGAUGUACAAAUAUUAUAAAUUGUAUUAUAGUGUAUAUAUAUUAAAGUGUUGACUAUUUUUUUGUA